UUAUGGAAGCUUCGACUUUGCAUAUUUUUUACUCUUCACUUUGUAGUUUAGUUUAAGCCUUUCCACCUUUUUAUUCUUGUCUCUGCAAAAUUCUCCAAAACCCCAACUCAACGCUAACUUGUUCCUUUCUUUGUUCCACUUCUCUGCUUCUGGCUCUGUAUGAUUGUUGGUGUUGAUGCAAUCCACAAUGGUUAACUAUUAGCACACUGCUUGCAACUGCAAGAAACACACCAAAAGCUGAUAAGAAAAUGCAGUUAUAUCAUCAUCCAUUGGAUUUGGACAGCCAGAAGGUGAGACUUGCAUUGGAGGAGGAAGGUGUAGAUUAUACAUCUUACCAUGUCAAUCCCAUAACUGGCAAGAACUUGGAUUCCUCUUUCUUCAAGGUGAAUCGCCGCGGAAGGAUCCCGGUUUUCCAAAAUGGCUCUCACAUCAUUUACAAUACUAUUGAUAUAAUCCAGUACACAGAAAGAAUUGCUGUGGUUUCCACCGGGGCUGAGACUGAGAGUAUCAGUGCCAGUUGCAAGGAAGUGAUUGAAUGGAUGCAGAAGAUACAAGAUUGGGACCCCAAGUUUUUCACACUUUCACACAUACCAGAGAAAUAUCGCCUUUAUGUUUCCAAGUUCAUAAGGCAAGUGGUGAUCGCUCGCAUGUCAGAAUCACCUGAAUUGGCAGGAGAUUACCACAGGAAGUUGAAAGAGGCCUAUGAGACUGAAGAGAAAUUGAAAGAAGAUGUUCUGAGAAGGGGCAAGGAGCAUUUGGUUAAACUGCUUGAUGAGGUUGAGAUGCAGCUUAGUGAAACACCUUAUUUGGCAGGUCAAGAUUUUACCAUGGCUGAUGUGAUGCUCAUUCCAGUAUUAGCUCGUUUGAAACUCUUGGAUUUAGAGAAUGAGUACAUAGCUGGAAGGCCAAACAUUGCUGAGUACUGGAUUCUGGUUCAGCAAAGGCCUAGUUAUAAAAAGGUGAUUGGGAAGUACUUCAAUGGUUGGAGAAAGCACAAAACACUUUUAAAAACAUGGUGCUUGGUUCGUGUAAGAAGUUUGCUGAAAAGGUACUAGUGCAGUAAUUGUGUGAACAGAGAUUUUACAAAUUCCAAUACACAAACAUAGAAGAAACUCUGAUGAUAAUAGAUUGACGUUCAGUUGAGUUGAACUGGUUUUCAAACGCAUCCUAUAUCUCAUUGAACUACAUGAUUUACUGCUGCUUUUAUGUACAUUGAUUCUGAUACUUGUAAAUGCAAUCAAAGAAACAUAGGCUAAUUUAUAUACAUUUUCUUGCUUUGUUCAAAGAACAACAUGAACAAGAAGGCUCUGUUUGAUGAAUGACUAGAGACAAUAUUACAUCUGCUCUCAGAGAGACCAAGUCUCUAUGUGA